AUGACGGCAUCCCCUUUGGUGUGGCUAGACUCGGCUGCGACUUCGCAAAAGCCGCGUCAAGUCAUUCAGGCGCUCGUGGACUAUUACGAGGGUUACAACGCGAAUGUUCAUCGCGGGGUGCAUGCCCUUAGCAUGGAAUCCACGGGGCGAUAUGAAGAGGCGCGGCAGAAAGUCGCGGACUUCGUAAACGCGGAGAGCGCGAAGUGCCUGAUAUGGACGCGUAACACGACCGAGGGAAUCAAUCUUGUCGCCAACAGCUGGGCGAUGGACAAUAUCAAGCCCGGCGACGAGAUUGUCGUUACUGCGAUGGAGCAUCACAGUAACCUUGUGCCUUGGCAGCAGAUUGCAAAGAAAAAGGACGCUAAGCUGAGGAUUCUGCCGCUUGCGGAUGACCACACGCUCGAUAUGGAUGCUGUUGACCGGAUAAUCGGGCCGCGAACUCGAUUGUUAGCGAUGUCGCAUGAGUCUAACGCAGUAGGCACCAUCAAUCCUGUUAAGGAGCUUGCCGCUAAAGCCCGUGCCGUUGGCGCUGCUGUACUUGUUGACGGGGCGCAGAGCGUUCCGCACAUGCCGGUUGAUGUGCAGGACAUAGACUGUGAUUUCCUUGCGUUCUCCGGACAUAAGAUGCUGGGACCAACCGGUAUCGGUGGAUUGUACGUGAAGCUUGACGUUCUGGAGCAGAUGACACCAUUCCUGACCGGCGGCGAGAUGGUGCUUGCGGUGACAUACGAAGACGCGACGUGGGACGACCUGCCGAUGCGCUUCGAGGCGGGAACGCCUAACAUCGCUGAUGCGAUUGGGCUGGGCGCUGCCGUUGAUUACCUUAACGCACUAGGAAUGGACAAUGUGCGCGAGCACGAAGUCAGCCUAACCAGAUACGCGCUUGACGCCUUCAAAGAGCUCGAAGAGGAGCUGGAUGUUUACGGGCCGAAAGAUGCGGAGAAGCGCGGUGGAAUAGUGUCGUUCCAUCAUCCGGAUGUGCAUCCGCACGAUCUUGGAACUGUCCUUGACAGGCGCGGCAUCGCCAUUCGGACAGGCCAUCACUGCGCUAUGCCGAUGGUGCGGAGUCUGGGGGUGCCGGCGACCGCGAGGGCGAGCAUGUACCUGUACAACACGGAGGAAGAGGUUGAUUUGCUCGUUGAUGCGCUUAAAGAGGCGUUGAGGUAUUUCGGCAAUGGAGCUAAAUAG